AUGAAUAAGCCGAGCCGCACUCAUCCCGAAGAUUAUAGCCUGAACCCCGCAUUUAUCUUUCAACAGAACCCCGAUUUCGAGGAUUUUGAGUUCUCGCUGAUUCUCGACUCCAUCCGAAAGUACAUGAUUGAAGUGAAUUGCUGGAAGAGCUGUCGUCAGUGGUUACUGGAUGAGCUUAACGGAGAUGAGAAAGCUGCAAACGAGCGAUUCGCUGAUCCGUGCGAAUGCAAAAAGCCACUUGACCACUAUGGGGACAAUUGUGAUUCGGCGACGUGGUUUCUUAGAAUGAUAACUGGAGCCUUUUAUAACGAAGAUGGACCGAACAACCCUCGUGGCCUGUCCCUGCUCGAGCCCGGAGACACUAGAUAUAUCGCGAUGCUGCAAGCUAAGAACAUCAGUUUCUCGAAUUUCUUCAUCGAAAUGAGACGCUACAUGGUGGCCGCCGGUGGCUGGAAGGAAUGCCAGGACGCCAUUGCGCAUCUGAACGAAACUGAGAAGAAGGAGUUGUCAAAGAAGGACUGUAGCUGUCGGCUUUUAGCGCCGGGAAAGGAAAGUCGGUUCCGGUAUAAUUUGUAUCUGCUCGGCGCUACGAUGUGUUAUCGUGUC